AUGCGAAACCCACAGGCCCCGCCCACCCGCAGGUGGUGGAGGGUCCUUGCGGGCCGAGCUGCCCGGCCGGAGUGGGUCCGCUUUUUGGCCCAGAUGGACGAUUGCAUGUCUUUCCGCUUCGAGCACUACCAGGACAACCUCAGCUGUGUCUGCAAGAUCCUCGGGCGCCUGACAGACCCCGCUUGGGCGUGGGCAGCCCCCUACCCUGACGGGGACCUAUCCCUGCCUGGUGAUUAUGAGCUCUUUUGCCAGGAUCUUGAGGAGGUUAUUCAAAACCUGAACAGUUUUGCUGAGUACCAUGCUGCAGCCCUGCCCCUUGUCCCCGCCUCAAGCCAGCCACCAGUGGCCCUGCAGCCUGCGGUGAGGCAGUCCUUAGAGUUCUCCGAGGCCCUGGCACUCAACACGGGUGCUGCCCUCAGGCCUGUCCCAGGCAUUCUGGCCACCCCUGCUAUUUCUAGUUCUGACUCUGAAUUGAAAAAUCCUCUGCCUGAGCAGCAGCUGGCCAAGGAGAGCAGCCCUGGGCCCACUGAGCCCCCUGCCUUGUCCACUUCUGCGUGUAGCACCAAUCCUGUUCUGGGGGGGCCAGCCUCCUCCCAGCCAACAGAGAUGGUCCCCAAACCUGUCCUUGUGCUUUUAGAGCCUGCCAACCCCCCUGCCCAGCAACCAGAUCCCACUCACCCAAGGGGGACAGAACCCCAGAAGGUAGGGGAGGUUGGUGGCCCACAGGGGGCGGUGGACACCCCAGAGACCCCAGCAGAGCCACCUUUUUCUCCUGCUGCCCGAUGACUCUGGAUGUAGUGCUGCCAGGUGUGGCGCUGUCCACUGGUCCCAUUGCUGGGCAGGAGGUGUACUUAUUUAGACUCUGCCUUUGUCCUCCCCUUCCCCCCCCCACAGCAGACCACUGGCCUCUGCCCCGUGCUCCUCAUUCUCUGACUUCCCCGCUGGCACAGAGGCUGCUUCCUGCUGGGCUCUGGAUCCCCACACCUGCCCUUGGAGUGCCAUCUCACCUGGGUUUGCUCCCCCUAGUUGGACAGAGCUCUAUAGAUCAGUCCUCACCAUAUAUUUGCACUGUCUUUGUAAGCCUACCCCACUUCCAUACCCCUUAUCUCCCCCCCGCCCCCCCUUCACCCACACACACACAGAACCCCCUUCAGUGCUGGCGGCAACUGGGCUGGGUGUGCCACACCAGCCUUUUUGGGAUUUGGUCCCUGUAUGGUCUUUGCUCUGCCCCCCACCCCUAUGUCUGAUUCCCGUGACCUGUCCCCUGGGCUGGAAUUUAAGGAAGGGUGCAUGGAGGAGUUGGCCACUUUCAUUGUUGAGUCAGAUGGUGCUUGGUAGAGAAAGAUGCUUUUCUGUGGGCUUAGCAGCGGCCCCGGUCAGCUGGGAAGGCUCAAAUACAGGAAGGUAGAAUGCAAGCUACCUUUCAGUCUCAGCUCUGUUCCAGGCAUUUUCUUCUGUGUUAACAUUUAGUCACCUGGUUUUCUUCAGUUUUCCUA